GUGUGCGUGAGUGUGCUGGGAAGGGGGUGUGUGCGCCAGCAACGUGUGAGGAGGGCUGGUGCCCUAUGGGAGAGUGCAUGCAGGCAGGAAGCAGCUGGAGAGGAGGAGGAGCAGAAGCGGAGCCGGAGCUGCCCUGCUUUCCUCUCAGUCUCAAAGCCGGGAAAGGAUUGAGUUAGAAUUCCACAUCCAGUUGAAGUUUGCUGCUGUUGCCUUCAGUAGCCUGGUCUUCAGAAUCCCCCCUCAGCAGAGAGGUGUGGACCAGACUGGAUUCCUAGAUUUGCAGCCACCAGACUCCUGCCCCGCCUUCACUGAGGGGAUUUCUCUGCUAGGCAUUGUUCCUACCAUCAACUUUGCACGGAGGAGCCAGCCAGCUAGGUGCAACUGAGAAUAACAGCUCCUUGGCUCUGUUUGUCGGUUGGGCAGGCGGCUGUGCUGUGGCUCAGAAAGUUCGUCCUGUGGCUUCUCUGUCAUUCUAAGGAGUGCUUCUAAAUGGAUUACCUCUUAAAGGCAGCACUUGCAUUCUAAAACUUGAGAAUCUGUGGCUUUAAUGGUUUUUUCCCCCUUUUCAUUUCUUUAACCUUAUUUUGGUUGCAGCAGUAAGGAUAAGAGCCAAGCCAGGAACCAGGGGCAUGUGUCAGGUUUGAGACCCAUACAUGAGGUCAUUCCAGGCAGCACUGUGGGCUAAGCCAAAGACCUCAACUAGCGAUAAUUGCUAAAAACCAAUCAAAAAAAAAAAAAGAAAAGAAAAAGAAUAAAGAAGGAAGAAAGAAAAGGAAAACGCAGGACAGGCUCUUCUAAGGCAAUUCUUAUUAAACAUCCCAACAAGAAAUAAGAGACAGAAGCAAAGAACCAGCACCUCUCCUAAGGGGGAAAAUGAAACGAUUGUUGCGAGAGUCUGAGGAAGAAAUCAUGCUCACGUUGGGACCUUCAUCCAGCCUCUCACCAGAUAAGAUUAGGGCAGAGACUAUAUGUGGUGUCAAGAGCAAGUCCGCAGGCCCUACUGGAUCCUUACCAGAAGACAACUUCCUGCCCCCUUGCUGUGAGUCCACAGACUCCACCACUGCUGGAGAGAGAGAUGGGGACCUGGGCCAGCUUUGCAUCUUUGAGCAGCAAACCAGCAACCAGCUUCCUCUGACUUCUGCUGCCUAUGUUUCAGGGUCUGAUUCUCAUGAACUCUCACCUGCCAGCUGUUCAGAGCCUUCAGAGAAAAACCAAGCCAGGCUCCUUUUGUCUAGAGACCCUGGCCAAAACUGUAGCCAUGGACAGCAAGAACCUUUGGGAGAUGUAGUAGAUUAUAUCAUCAGAGAGCUGCAAGGUAUCAGUCGUCUUCAGUCUGAGAUUGCUGAGCUGCGACAGCACUUGAGCCAAGUUCGGGGCUCUGUGGAUGAAGUGUCUAGCUGUGUAGACUCAGUAUUGAGUGAAAUAGAAGGUUUGCAUGUGGGUAGCAGCUCUCUGGCCAAGGUGUGUGAUGGGGAAAAGGCCCAGGAACCCCAUGUAGAAAGAUCCAGAGAGGAAGCCAUUCUUUAUCUAUAUGGUCUUCCUGAACAUGAUGGGGAAAACACCGUGGAGCUAGUGGACAGCUUCCUAGCUAAGCACCUCUGUGUUAAUGGUGUGCAGUGCAACAGGUACGUCAGAGAGGCAUAUAGGGCAGGCACAGCUCCUGCCCCCCGGCCUAUUAUGGUGAAGCUUGUCCAUCUAGAGCACAGGGACCUCAUUUUGCAGAAAUCCAUCCUCUUACAGAGUGUGGGGGUCAGGGUUGCUACCAGAGAAGAGCCAAUAUGGCCACAAGGGUGUAAGAAUCCCACAAAGGACUCUCUAUCAUGCUUGCAACAACUUCAAGACCAUAGUUGGAACUCUUUAAACCAGACUAAACCAGCUCUUCAGAUGGAAACAGGGAACAGAAGAUACAUGAUGGGACUAUACCAGACGAGGACUCAGAAUCAACAUAGACGACCCCAGGUUUCUGAGCAGCAAGGCCUUUGCUUCCCACCAAAGAAUGGUUUAGCAAAACAGGAUGAUGUGUCUAAGCUGCAGGAUGACGUAGGAACAUCAGGAGCAUCCCGGGUAAUCAAUGAUCAUUGUGCCAAACUAUCUCCCCUCUCUCAACUUGGGGAGUCUUCCUCGGUGUUAAUGUCAAAAGAGGAAGAUUGUGGAAAAUCACAGAUUUUCAAACAGGGCAUCCAAGAACGUGAAGCAUGUAAAGUAACAAAACCACAAACUGACUGCAGUGAUAAAAGCAAGGACAGCAGUUGCCUUUCACUGUCCAGCUCACUGAAAGCAGAGAGGGUAAAUGCAGAGGACACAAUUCUAGGCUGUGAAGCUGGUCUUGAUAUUCUGAGCUCAAGGCAGCUGGAGGACCUUUUGGCAGACAAAUCUAGAAGGUUUACAACUCUGAGCUCUGAUAGCACAGUAGAAGAAAUGAUCAUAGGGCCAGAGACUUUCAGUAACAUGGUUCAUAUUGACCUGAAUGAAGAAGAGAACUGUGCUGCCCAGGUCCUUAAGGAUGUCUUUGAUAAGUCCUCCUGUAUUCUAAGUAGCUCCCAGGAGGAUGAGGAUGUAGAAAUUAAAUUUCACUCAACUAAACUGAGUCGAGCAAUCCACCACUUUUGUUUGGCUCUUCAGGGGGUGUUUCAGAAGCUGGAGAACAAUGAAUCCAUCAGUCCUGAGGACCUGGAAAGCAACGAAAGUGGUUCCCAAUCAGAGAACAGUGAUAGACUUCUCAGGACAGCAAGUUCAGGAGGAGCACAUGAUUGUUCAGUGGAGAGUCCUGGAAGUCAGGGGAGUGAGAGCCUUCUCAGUGUGGUCUCUGGUGGAGUAGGCAUCUCUACACAGGAUCAGACACCUCAAGACCCAAGCAACGUCUCUCUUGCUUCUAAUAACUCACCUCUUGCAAACUCAUUACUCAGUUUCCCUCUAGCCCCAUGUCUGGGAAAUGAGACUUGUUCCAGGUCCGACUCUCCUGAUCAAAGCAAACUGAGUUUAGAACAAGUAUGCGCAGAGACUAUUUACCUCAACAAGUGUAUCAACAAUUUUAAAAAUGUUCUGAGAGAGAAAAGACUGAAGCAGAAAAAACUUUUGCAAGAGCUAGUGCAGACGGCAAGCCAUCUUUCAGUAGAAGACAUCCCCUCAGAAGGAAAGCAAGAAGCUCUCCAGAUUUCAGAUGAUGGUGACUCCUCUAUGUCUCAGUGGCUCCCAGACGGGCCAGCUGGAGGGCUCUAUGGCAUUGACAGCAUGCCAGAUCUACGAAAAAAGAAGCCACUGCCACUUGUCAGUGAUCUGGCUAUGUCACUGGUUCAGUCACGGAAAGCUGGGAUUACUUCUGCAAUGGCUACACGUACCUCUCUCAAGGAUGAAGAGCUGAAAUCCCAUGUGUAUAAGAAAACUCUGCAGGCCUUAAUCUACCCCAUCUCGUGUACCACACCCCACAACUUUGAGGUCUGGUCAGCUACUGCUCCUACCUACUGCUAUGAGUGUGAAGGUUUGCUCUGGGGCCUUGCCCGGCAAGGCAUGCGCUGCAGCGAGUGUGGAGUCAAGUGCCAUGAGAAGUGCCAGGAUCUUCUCAAUGCCGAUUGCCUACAACGGGCUGCUGAAAAGAGCUCUAAACAUGGAGCUGAGGACAGGACGCAGAACAUUAUUAUGGCUAUGAAGGACCGUAUGAAGAUUCGAGAACGGAAUAAACCAGAGAUCUUUGAGGUUAUCCGAGAUGUCUUCACAGUGAGCAAAGUUGCCCAUGUGCAGCAGAUGAAAACAGUGAAGCAGAGUGUCCUGGAUGGUACCUCCAAAUGGUCAGCCAAAAUUACCAUCACUGUGGUUUGUGCCCAGGGCCUACAAGCUAAAGAUAAGACAGGAUCCAGUGACCCUUAUGUGACUGUGCAAGUUGGGAAAACCAAGAAGCGUACCAAAACCAUCUUUGGAAAUUUGAAUCCUGUUUGGGAAGAGAAGUUCCAUUUUGAGUGCCACAACUCUUCCGAUCGCAUCAAGGUACGCGUGUGGGAUGAGGAUGAUGACAUCAAAUCCAGAGUGAAACAGCGGCUGAAGCGGGAGUCUGAUGAUUUCCUUGGUCAAACCAUCAUUGAGGUUCGGACACUCAGUGGAGAGAUGGAUGUCUGGUAUAAUCUGGAGAAGAGGACAGACAAGUCAGCUGUCUCAGGGGCUAUUCGACUACAAAUCAAUGUGGAGAUCAAGGGCGAGGAGAAGGUAGCCCCAUACCAUGUGCAAUAUACAUGUCUCCAUGAGAACCUUUUCCAUUACCUCACAGACAUUCAGGGCAAUGGAGGAGUCUGGAUCCCAGAGGCUCGGGGUGAUGAUGCAUGGAAGGUGUACUUUGAUGAGACAGCUCAAGAAAUUGUGGAUGAAUUUGCUAUGCGCUAUGGCAUCGAGUCCAUAUAUCAGGCCAUGACGCAUUUUGCAUGUUUGUCAUCCAAGUACAUGUGUCCUGGUGUACCAGCAGUGAUGAGCACCUUACUGGCCAACAUCAACGCCUAUUAUGCUCACACAACUGCCUCCACUAAUGUCUCUGCAUCUGAUCGUUUCUCGGCCUCCAACUUUGGUAAAGAGAGAUUUGUGAAACUGCUGGAUCAACUACACAACUCACUGAGAAUAGACCUCUCUACAUAUAGAAAUAACUUCCCUGCUGGGAGCCCUGAGAGACUUCAGGAUUUAAAGUCUACCGUGGACUUGCUGACCAGCAUUACUUUCUUCAGGAUGAAGGUGCAAGAACUGCAGAGCCCCCCAAGAGCCAGCCAGGUGGUAAAGGAUUGUGUGAAAGCCUGCUUGAACUCUACAUAUGAAUAUAUCUUCAACAACUGCCAUGACCUCUACAGUCGCCAGUACCAGCUGAACCAGGAGCAGCAACCACUAGAGGAACCAGGGCCCAGUAUUCGGAACCUGGAUUUCUGGCCCAAACUUAUCACACUCAUUGUGUCAAUCAUAGAAGAGGAUAAGAAUUCCUAUACACCUGUUCUGAACCAGUUUCCUCAGGAGCUGAAUGUAGGAAAAGUCAGUGCAGAAGUGAUGUGGCAUCUGUUUGCUCAAGACAUGAAGUAUGCGUUGGAGGAACAUGAGAAAGACCGGCUGUGUAAGAGUGCUGACUACAUGAACCUGCACUUCAAAGUGAAGUGGCUCCACAAUGAAUACGUGCGGGAUCUGCCUGCCCUCCAGGGACAGGUGCCUGAGUACCCAGCGUGGUUUGAGCAGUUUGUGCUACAGUGGCUAGAUGAGAAUGAAGAUGUGUCCCUGGAAUUCCUGCGAGGGGCCCUGGAACGAGAUAAGAAGGAUGGGUUCCAGCAGACAUCAGAGCAUGCGCUCUUUUCCUGUUCUGUGGUGGAUGUCUUUACACAACUCAAUCAGAGCUUUGAGAUUAUCCGAAAGUUGGAAUGCCCAGACCCCAGCAUCCUUGCCCACUACAUGAGAAGGUUUGCUAAGACCAUUGGGAAAGUGCUGAUCCAGUAUGCAGACAUAUUAUCAAAGAGCUUCCCAGCUUACUGCACAAAGGAGAAACUGCCCUGUAUCCUGAUGAACAACAUGCAGCAGCUGAGGGUCCAGCUGGAGAAAAUGUUUGAGGCCAUGGGAGGCAAAGAGCUGGACUCUGAAGCUUCAGACAGUCUGAAGGAGCUGCAGGUGAAACUGAAUACAGUUCUGGAUGAGCUCAGCAUGGUGUUUGGAAACAGCUUCCAGGUGCGGAUUGAUGAAUGUGUUCGACAAAUGGCUGACAUCCUGGGCCAAGUUCGGGGCACGGGAAAUGCAUCCCCCAACGCCAGGGCCUCAGUGGCUCAGGAUGCAGAUAGUGUACUGCGACCCCUUAUGGAUUUCCUGGAUGGCAACCUCACGCUCUUUGCCACUGUGUGUGAGAAGACAGUUCUGAAGCGCGUCCUGAAGGAGCUCUGGCGGGUGGUGAUGAACACCAUGGAACGGGUGAUCGUCCUGCCCCCACUCACUGACCAGACAGGUACCCAGCUGAUCAUAACUGCUGCCAAGGAGCUGAGCCAGCUUUCCAAACUCAAGGACCACAUGGUACGAGAGGAAACACGGAAUCUCACUCCAAAGCAGUGUGCCAUCCUUGACCUGGCUUUGGACACCAUCAAGCAAUACUUCCAUGCAGGAGGCAAUGGUCUGAAGAAAACAUUCCUAGAGAAGAGCCCAGACCUGCAGUCUCUACGUUAUGCUCUGUCUCUGUACACACAGACUACAGACACUCUCAUCAAGACAUUUGUGCGCUCACAGACUGCCCAGGUGCAUGAUGGGAAAGGUAUUAGGUUUACUGCUAAUGAGGACAUUCGUCCAGAAAAGGGGGCUGGUGUGGAUGACCCUGUGGGAGAAGUCUCCAUUCAGGUUGACUUGUUUACACAUCCUGGCACAGGGGAGCAUAAGGUGACAGUGAAAGUGGUAGCAGCCAAUGACCUCAAGUGGCAGACAGCGGGUAUGUUCCGGCCUUUUGUGGAAGUGACCAUGGUUGGCCCACACCAAAGUGAUAAGAAGAGGAGGUUCACAACCAAGUCUAAAAGCAACAACUGGGCCCCCAAGUACAACGAGACAUUCCACUUCCUCCUAGGAAAUGAAGAGGGUCCGGAGGCCUAUGAGUUACAGAUAUGCGUGAAGGAUUACUGCUUUGCCCGGGAGGAUCGUGUGAUAGGACUGGCAGUAAUGCCUCUGAGGGAUGUGGCAGCCAAGGGCAGCUGUGCCUGCUGGUGCCCAUUGGGCCGGAAGAUCCACAUGGAUGAGACAGGCAUGACCAUUCUCCGGAUUCUGUCUCAGAGGAGCAAUGACGAGGUGGCUCGAGAGUUCGUGAAGCUCAAAUCGGAGUCUCGUUCCACAGAGGAAGGGAGUUGAGCAUCUUUGGUGUAUGUGCCAUCCAGACAACACCAACCACACACAUCAGUCAGGGAGAGUUAGCUGUGUAGCCAGCUUAGAGUCCUUGUAGUCAAAAGGCUGACUCUCCUAGUUAAGGAUGUUUAAGGAGAAUCUUGGAGUAGUAAGACUGUGGCUUUUCAGAGAAAAGUCAUGAAAGCCAGCCAAUAGCUCUGUGGUGUUAGAAGCUGGGCUGUGGAGAUUUUUCUAUAAAUGGAGAGGGACAGACAUUUCCAAGAAUGUCAGCUGUUCUUGGUAGUCAACUUUCCGUUCCACCUCCCACCUCUAGCCUCCUCUAAACCACACUUUGUCCAGCUAGAUGCUUACAUGCUCAUCAUAGAAGAUGUUUAGAAGGCCUACAGAUUGUUUCCUGGCUGACCUAUUGAUGUUCCUGAGCUCCAAGGUCCAUUCUUGAGAUUAGCCAGAGCAGGAAGGCACAGACUGGAAUUCACCGUCCCUUGAACUGGACUGGUUUGUGUGGAUCUAGUGAGAACAAGGCUUGGGAACUGAACAAGAUACCUUCUUCAAAAGGAGCUGGCUGAUUUCCUUAGCUCAGACUAUCUGUCAUGAGUCAGAGAAGGUUCACAUGGUGCUUUGGAGCCCUGAGCAGAAUAUUUCUUUGGAAUCCAGGCACCAGGAGUCUUACCUGCCCAGAGUACUCCCGACUCCUUACUCUGUCAGCAGGGAUUGAUGCUUAGAACAUACACACACACACACACACACACACACACACACACACACACACACACACACACAGAAUUCUUUUAUGUAUAGACAUGAGGGCUAAUAAGGAUCCAAGGAUAUUUUCUUGAGUAGUCCCUGAACAAAGCCAAAAAUCUUGGAAAACUAUCUAGAAAGAGCUGUCCUCACCUAUGGCCACAACCUUCUGGCUGUACUCCUUGAAGAAAACAUCUAGUCUUUGGCCUUCCUUCUUCUUGGGAUCAGCUGCUGUUCCUCAUGGAUUGGUCAAGCAUAAAAAAGGAGCUUGGACUCUCAUUCCUCUGUAUGAACUGGAUGGAGGGAGUCCUCAGCACUCGCUGGAAGGUCAAGGACAAACUUUCAGAGGGUCAGAGGAGCUUCAUGGACCCUUGCUCAGAGAUGUGACUUGGUCCUUGGAUUUCCUGACACUAACUUACUGUAACUGCUGAGGACUCAACAUUGUCCACACUACACUGGCCAACACAUGAAACAAACCAAGCAUUUGUGCUGUUUUUAAUUAUUAUAUGUGCCAUUGUUACAGAAAAUUAUAGGCUAGACUGUAAUAAAUUAUCUUAUAGCAGCU